AUGCAAGGUUAUUGUGGCUUUCAGGGGAAGCUGGUCAAGCUCUUUAGUCAUCAGUUGGUGCUGAAAAGGCGGCACAGUGGUGUGGAGUUUCCAAAGGGACUGGAUGGGUGUCCUUUUCUGAAGCAGUGGCUCCAUGUGGGCCUCUACAGCCGUGUGGGGAAGUUAGAAACCUUGCUCUCCAAGACUGACAGUGAAAUUCGAUCUAUUUUGUAUGACUAUCAGGCUAGCGAUGAAGAAGUUCGUCGUCUUCAGAGCGCUGUUCACAAUCUCAAAAGAUACACUGAGAUCUUGUUUCUUGGUGAUCCAAGUGGAGGUGGAGACUUCCCUCUGUACUGGGAUUCCUGGGAUCGUACUUCUCCACUCAGCCACUCUCUCCCAAUUGGGUAUAGAAGUGGAAAAAGGCGUACAAAGCAACCCCCUGCACAUAAUGCAGAUUCAAGCCUACCGGUAUCUGAAGUGAGUUCACCUAGUCAUUCAGUUGGGUCUCAUCAUGGCAGCCCCCCUGGCACUCCCUCAUCAGCUAUGAAAAGAUCAAAAGGAGUCAGCAGUGGACAAGGAACACCGUCAGCUCGACGAAAGCAUCAGACAGGGCUCCUACAGCCCAACAAUGAAAGCAUCACCACCGUUGGAAAUGUUGGUAGCAUUACUACCAGCUGUCCCAGUCAAGCCGGUAGUGCCAGUGCUGGAUAUAAUGCUGAAGGCUUUCCACUCAUCAAAUCUAAGUCUCAUGAGAGUCAGUUGGGGAACAAAGUGGAUAUUGAUACUAGUUCAGCCAGGCGAAGGCGUCUCCCAACAGACUCAGCGAUUGAUUGUCUGGAUCCUUGUAGCCUUUCCUCUCUCUUGUCCUCUCCUGUUCGGUCACCUCCAUUUGCAUCUGAUUCCGACUCUGAUUCCACAUCUAAGUGUGCCAGCAUGAAGUCUCCAAGAACUCCAACAUUGCCUGGCUCCAUGAGUCAUGUGAUUCAGCAUCGCUUUAGCAAGACUGUCAAAGUCACAACUUGUGAUUACUGUAACAAGCAGAUGUUCUAUGGGGUGAAGUGCAAGGAGUGCAAGUACAAAUGUCAUCGAGACUGUGAGUCCCAUGUCCCUCCUUCCUGUGGACUUCCCCAGGAAUACCUCAACAUCUUCACCCAGUCUAUCACUGGCUCUCCAGUCAUUGGUCGAAGCUGGGCCUCUCCACACCAUGGACCCUCAUCUGCACCCUUAACCUUGCUAAAUCGUUGGAAAGGGGCUGGUCUCAAUACCAGUGCUUUUCAUGCUGCUGACUCCAACUCAACCCCAUCAAGCUGCAACAGUUCUACUCCAUCAAGCCCUGCUCUUGUCAUCACAACUACCACACCACCCAUAACUUCUCGGCAUCAGCAUUUCCUCUUUCCUGAGCCAGCAUCAUCACCUGGUGCAGAGGGUCCAGACUUAAUUACUCUGAAUACGCACCCUCUGCAUGAGGUAAAGAUGAGCACAGGAAGCAUAGGAUACUCUAUGGUCUCUUCCAACCCAUCCAUGGUGGACACCCUAACAGACACUGUGAAGUCUGGGGACAGUGACCGCACUGUUUCCAUAACUAGUGGAUCUGGGUCAACUGAUUCUGAGCGAACACUUGCCAUGCGUCUUGACAGCCAAGACAGCCAAGCUUCAGAGACUGGGGAUUAUGAGCGAUGGCCUCGACAGAACAGUCGCUUCUGUGCUGAAGGGGACAACUUUCAGGCAGAACUGUGGCUUGAGAUAAAUCCUGGUGUCAUCAUUUUGAUGAAUGACCCUCAAGGGAGAUGAAACAAUGAGAUGCUAAGCAUCCCAUCUGGGUGGCUGUGCUACCUGGCCCCUGAAAUCAUGAGGAGUCUUCACGUGGGAUCCAAAUCUGACCAUGAAAAAGAGGUGGCAGCUUACCUUCUACCCUUUAGCAAGGCCUCAGACGUCUUUGCAUUUGGGACGAUCUGGUAUGAGCUGCUGUGUGGAGAAUUUCCUUUUAGUGAUCAGCCUCCUGAGGCCAUCAUCUGGCAGGUUGGACGAGGCAUCAAGGAACCAUUGGCAAAUCUCCAGGCAUCCAAGGAUGUCAAGGACAUACUUAUGUCAUGUUGGGCAUUUCGUGCUGAGGACCGUCCCUCUUUUGCCAAACUCCUGGGCAUCCUGACACGCUGGCCAAAGAAGCGACCAGCCCGCAGCCCUUCAUAUCCCAUACAUCUCUCUCGCUCUGCGGAAUCUGUGUUUUAAGCUAUUGCAUUGACUGCUGGCACAGUUCAGUUGACUUCAUUGCAUCCUGCAUGAGUAAUUUUAUGUACACACUAGGUAGAUGAUUUUGACUCAGCCAUGUUACCACCAAGGUUGUGGAUGACCUUGGACUUUGGAGUGCCUGCACUCUUAAGCCUAAGAAUUUUAGAGUCAGAAAAUUUGAAGUUACCAGCAUCUAGCAAAAAUGCUUCUCUAUCACAUGAUGCCAGUUUUGCAUUAUAGGUUUAUUGGUGAUUGCUCUGUGCUCUGGCCAAGAAAGCAUCUGUGGCAAAAGUUGCAAGUUAGAAGUAGUUGACUUAUGAUUGUUGUGGCCUGGAAUGCACCUCUGUUGUAUGGAUCUCAGGGAAUGGGGGCAAUGUAGCCAGUUUGCCCAUUAAGAGACUUGCUUCGCUGGCCGAUGUCUUCUUUCAACGAAUGUUGUGAUGAAAUAUAGAAUUCCACUCACGUUUCAUGCAUUCAAUCCACUGUGGCAUUCAUAUAAAUAAAAUAUGAGAAAAAAAAAUCAGAUUGAA